UAAUAAUAAUAAUAAUAAUAAUUUAUUCUCAAAUAACAGAUUGUUACAUGAGGCAUGCCGGUUUACAGGCAAGAUCAAAUUGUUAAAGAAGUUACAAUUUUCACUGUUGAAAAUUACUCAGCUGGGUUGAUAUUUCAUAAGAUAUAAAUGUAAAUGGAUUUCAUAAGAAACAUGUCAAUAUCAAUAUCACACUUGGCGCACUUUAUGGAGGUAGAGUUGCAACAUACAACUGAUGGUCGAAAAUAGAUACAUGCGAAGUUGGGGGCUUUUAGAAGUUUCGAACUUAUAUCCCUCCAGAAUAUCGGAAGCAUUAAUAACGGUGUAGGACGAAGUCACCCGUGCCAUAUCUGUUUUCGGUGGAGUAUCUGCAGGAGGCUGAAAAAGGUGUAAGAAAAAGGAAGGACAAAAAGCAGAGCACACAAUAUUCAUGGAGGAAUAGUUAAGGUAUAACCAUUUAGUCUAUUUAUCUGUUACUGAAGUAUUUAUUAGGUAAGAACAUAUUAAUGUGUUAAAGAAAAAUAAGUGUGGGCAAGGUAUGAGUGGAUAAGGAACUGUAUAAAUGAAGGUAGUUUAGAAGGAAGUAUGGAAUUGUGUAAUUAUAAAAUAAAGUGCUGAAAACAGUAUUCCGAUACAAAUGACUGUCUCUCUUUACUUUAGAAGCUGUUUGAACUCUCUUUUUUGUUUUCAGAUUUUAUAGGGUAUGGAGUGGGCUUCGUUUUUAACCAAUUGUCUAGUUUGUUUGUAUUAGGAUUACUUGGUAGGAAGUGGAACCAAUUCAGCUUUUUUUAACAUGAUCUAAAGUGGUAUUUUGCAUGAAUAAUUUCGUAUCAACACCGUUGGUUCGUGACAUCCCACUAGACAUAAGGAGCCGUAAUUAAUAUGUUCUGCCCCACAGACACGGGUGGAUUGAAGUUAUCUCCCCACCAUCAUGUUUGCUGGUCAGUAACGCCACCCUCCCUCCUUUUAUGAUGUUAGGCUCUCUUACGUUUAUGGUCGGUAUGAAUAUUGCUUUUAUCAAGGACCAUAUUUGGAAUACGCUGUCUCUACAAGUUCCAUGUUACAAGCAAAUCAGAUGGUAAUAACAUUUGUAUUAUGGGUUAGAUAUCCAUUUAAUAUAUCGUACUACUAUGAAGAUAACUAAUAGUAAGGGUUAGAAGAGACAAGUCAGAUUAUAUGUGGUUAAGAGAUGGUAAGGGCUAAUAGCAAUCCAGAGGAUAUGAAAGAGAAUAUUGUAAAAUUUUCAGGGUAAGAAAAAAUAAAGCAUUGAACAACUCACAAGAAUAGUCCCGAGUCCCAUAUGACUGUGACGAAGCUUUUUGUUGGUGGCUUGAAAAAGGAUGUAACUCAUGAAGAACUGCGCGAAUAUUUCAGCAAGUAUGGUAACAUCACCGAGUGUGAGGUUGUUGCUUGGAAGGAAUCAGGCGAGUCACGCGGUUUCGGCUUCGUCACAUUUGAUGAUUACGACCCUGUUGAUAAAGCUAUACUGUAUAAACCACACCAUAUCGGGUCCAGUAGGGCGGACGUGAAGAAGGCCCUCAGUAAGGAGCAGAUCAACACGAUGAAAAAGAAACAGGAGUCUCGAAAUGACUACAAUAACAAUUAUGGUGGUGGUGGUGGCGGUUAUGGACCGAUGGGUGGAGGCUAUGGAGGGUAUGACGGAGGUUACGGGGGUUCCUACGGAGGUGGUCCUUAUGGCGGAUAUGGCUCAAACGGUGGUGGCGGUGGCGGUGCCUACGGGGGUGGAAAUUACGGAGGGGGUUGGGGUCCUAAUCACAUGAAUGGAGAUGGUCCUGGCUGGGGUCAGGGAGGAAUGGGUGAUGGAUUUGGACACUAUGGAAACCAGCAAAACUAUGCCGGUGGUCCAAUGCGUGGUGGUCCACCCGGGGGUUACCAGAGGAAUGCUCCCUAUGGAGGGGGCUAUGGUCGUCGUUAA